AAUCUGAGGUUGUAACUCUUUGUACGCAACCGUCGAUCCAAAUGUUCGGUCGAACCUUAAUCGAAUCCUAACCUGAAAUUGGGGUGUUACAACCACUCAGGAGGACGUAGAUGCCAUGGUCAAAUUUUUAAUCGCCAAUAACAUUAAACAAGCUGGGAUGUUCGUUUACACAAAUGCGGUUGAGAGUGGUGGAGGUCAUUCUGGAGAUUACCAAACAUCUAAUAUCCAUGAUGGAGGUGGAUUAUACGGAGAUCAUCCAUACCAAGGUUACCAUGAUCCUCGUACCUACCAUGAGUACCAAGAAGGAGGUGGAGGUCAUCAUCAAUCCUUCCCAUCAAAUGAAGGGUACCAUGACAACCAACAAGAAGGCUACCAGUACCAACCAGCGUACAACUUCCACCAAGGCAGUGGCAGUUAUCACAACUACCAUUACAAAGAUGAUGAAGUUGCCUUUCAUGAUCUAGAUCGAAUGGAAGAUAUCCUGCCAUGUCCAGUUAGUGACCUUAAGGAUGAGGAGGAGGAAGGCGAUGUUAGUGCAGAUAGCUUCGACCCCCUUGAAGGUGCUGAUGAUUGAGGCCCAGAUUCAGACACAAAUGAUGAUGAUGUGUCUCUUGACCGUGUACCUAUCCCGUGGAAAAUUGAGUAUUUCCGGAAAAUGUCUAUUGUUAUCACAACGAGAAAAUUAUAUUUAAGAACUAGUGAGAUGGUUUUUGGUCAUGAGAUCUUACCAUAAGAAUAAUUAUAUUUGUGAUAAUUGGAUUUUGUUAGAUUUGAUUUAAGUAUCCAGAACAAUUUUUAGUAAUGGUAGAUUGAGUAUGUAGCUGAAAUACGAAAGAUGGUUUUAUUAAUGGAUUUUAAUUUUGAUUUGUAUUUUAAGAAAUGAUCACUGAGAGAUGUAUAAUUAAUGGAGAUCUUUUAAUAAUCAUUAGAAUUAUAU